UUGCGCGACAAAACCCAUUGAAGAAGUAUGAAUAAGUGCUAAAACAGUUGACUUAAUUUUUGUUUUCCGCUUUUGUACUGGUUUUCCGAUUUUGUGAAACUAUUUAAGUUUUUCCUCGAUUAUUAGAGUGAAACUAAAUCAAAAUAAAACAUACAAGAAAUUAUUUACAUUGCAAUUUUUACAACUCUAAAAAUACUGUAAGAGGGUUUGAAACCGCACUGUGCUUUUUACCUUACACAACUGAGAAAAGGAAUAUUUUUAAAAUGGCAAUGCAACAACGAGAUGUCGGUGUCAGGGACUUCGUGCUCCUAGACCAAAUAACAAUGGAAAAAUUUAUGGUUAACUUGCAAAAAAGGCUGAACUUAUUAAGCUAUGCUCUUGGAAUGAACCAUCAAAUAAUAUUCACUAAACUCCAAAAUGAAAACAAAAAUUUCAAGCUGGUUCUAUUUAUACAUAUAUCGGUGAAGUCUGUGUAUCUAUUAAUCCAUACCGCCAGAUGAAUAUUUACGGCCCCGAUACGAUUAAGAUAUAUAAAGGCCGGGAACUGUUUGAGAAUCCGCCACACAUUUUCGCUAUAGCCGAUGCAGCAUACAAAAUUUUAAAACAAAGACAUCAAGACACUUGUAUCUUGAUAUCGGGAGAGUCCGGUGCGGGUAAAACUGAAGCGUCAAAAAUUAUUAUGAAAUAUAUUGCGGCCGUUACAAAUAUCCAUGGUCAGAACGAGAUCGAGAGGGUGAAGAACGUGCUAAUACAAAGCAAUUCAAUCCUGGAAACAUUUGGAAAUGCAAAAACGAAUCGGAAUGACAAUUCAAGUCGAUUUGGAAAAUACAUGGACAUUGAGUUCGACUAUAAAGGGGAUCCAGUAGGCGGCAUUAUCACUAAUUAUUUGUUGGAAAAAUCCCGUGUUGUGCAACAACAAGCGGGUGAGAGAAAUUUUCACAGUUUCUACCAGCUUCUGCGAGGUGCUAGCGAUAAUGAAUUGCGGCAAUUUGAUCUCGUCAAAGAUCCCACCAGAUACCAUUAUAUGAAUCAAGGCAGUAUCGACGAACUCUCUGAAAAAGCAGACUACAAAGGCACAAAUAAUGCUUUCAAGACGCUUGGAUUCUCUACUGAAGAAGUGCAAACUAUUUGGCGUACUAUUGCAGCUGUUCUUCAUUUGGGCAACAUUGAAUUCCAAUCGAUUGAAGAUGAUCUGGUUAUCAGUAACAAAUCGCAUUUACAAUCUGCAGCUAAGUUAUUGCAAGUGACAGAGAACGAGUUGUCUAAUUCUUUGACAACUCGAGUUAUUGCUGCUGGCGGAACCGUUAUGCAAAAGGAGCAUAAUGACACCCAAGCUGAGUAUGGCAAGGAUGCCUUGGCUAAAGCCAUUUAUGAUCGUCUAUUUACUUGGAUCAUAGAACGCAUAAAUCGUGCAAUUUUGUUUCGCGGUUCGAAGACUCAGGCGCGCUUCAACUCAGUGAUUGGCGUUUUAGACAUUUAUGGAUUUGAAAUUUUUGACAGCAAUAGCUUUGAGCAAUUUUGUAUAAAUUAUUGCAAUGAAAAGUUACAACAGUUGUUUAUUGAGCUGGUAUUAAAACAGGAGCAGGAAGAGUAUCAACGAGAAGGAAUUGAAUGGACCAAUAUCGUCUAUUUCAAUAAUAAGAUUAUCUGCGAUCUAAUCGAACAACCGCAUAAGGGUUUGAUUGCUAUUAUGGAUGAAGCUUGCCUCUCGGUAGGUAAAAUCAACGAUGAAACACUACUAGAUGCUAUGGAUAAAAAUCUUAGUGCCCAUCCGCAUUACAGCAGUCGCCAAUUGAAACCAAUGGAUAAAGAACUAAAACAUCGAGAGGAUUUUCGAAUCACACAUUACGCGGGUGAUGUUAUUUACAACAUCAGUGGAUUCAUUGAAAAGAAUAAGGACACUUUGUAUCAGGAUUUCAAGCGACUUUUAUAUCACUCUAAAAAUGCCAACUUGAGUAAAAUGUGGCCCGAAGGUGCCCAGGAUAUUAAGAAGACUACCAAACGUCCUCUUACCGCUGGAACGCUUUUUCAACGCUCCAUGAUAGAUUUGGUAAACACGCUUUUAAAAAAGGAACCAUUUUACGUCCGCUGCAUUAAACCUAACGAUAUAAAGAGUGCAACUGUGUUCGACGAUGAGCGUGUACAGCAUCAGGUUCGCUAUCUUGGUCUGCUGGAGAACGUGCGAGUCCGUCGAGCUGGGUUUGUACACCGUCAACGAUACGAUAAAUUUUUAUUACGUUACAAAAUGAUUUCUCAGUAUACAUGGCCUAAUUUUCGCGGAGGCAGCGAUCGCGAUGGCGUGCGAGUUCUAAUUGAAGAAAAAGGAUUCGCCAAUGAUGUGAAAUAUGGUCAUACAAAGGUGUUCAUACGCUCACCUAAAACAUUGUUCACAUUAGAGCGGCAGCGAAAUGAAAUGAUUCCUCAUAUAGUUACCUUGUUACAAAAGCAGGUUCGUGGUUGGAUAGCACGGCGUAAUUACAAGAAAAUGAAGGCCGCGCUCGCCAUAAUGCGUGCUUAUAAAACGUAUAAAUUACGCUUUUACGUACAUGACCUAGCUCAACGAUUCCGUAACGUCAAGAAUACAAGGGACUAUGGUAGAAGCAUCCAAUGGCCAAAACCACCAUUUGCCGGACGACAAGUAGAACCUCAAUUACGACGUAUUUUUAACAAUUGGCGAGCUUAUAUGAUACUCCGAAAAUAUCCACGAUCUAAGUGGCCCCAACUACGUUUGCAGAUCAUUGCUGCGACAGCGAUAAAGGGCCGUCGGCCAUAUUGGGGGCAGCAACGUAAAUGGCUUGGUGACUAUUUAGCUAAUUCGCAAGAAAAUUCAGGCUAUCAAGCUUAUACCAUCAACACAAGGAAUUUAAAGAACAGCGAGGCAUAUAAUGCGGUUAUCUUUUCCUCUUUUGCAAAGAAAUACAACAAGCAUAAUAAAUCUGCUGAUCGCGCCUUUAUCGUAACGGAUACGGCUAUCUACAAACUAGAUGGAGCCAAACACAAAUUUAAAAACAUGAAUCGCUCUAUAUCUAUCAAAGACUUAACAUCGAUCAGCAUAAGCCCUGGACGUGACCAACUUAUAGUAUUUCAUUCGCCAACAAAUAAUGACUUGGUAUUUGCCUUGCAAGGUGAAAAUUCACAAUUAAAAGAGGACCGCAUCGGCGAAGUAGUGGGUGUGAUCUGUAAAAAAUACUUCGAUAUUUGCCAGCGUGAUCUGCGUGUGGAUGUUAGUGCUACAAUAGCCUGCCGAUUGGGUGGUAAAUCCCGAACCAUUACCAUAGAGGGUGAACCAGGAGUAGAAAGUCCGAAUUUCCGACAUACAGCGGGAAAUAUAAUUUUCGAAGUUCCACCAUCCUAUUGCGCUUAAAAAUGAAUGCGCUUUAAAAAUGAAACUACUGCAAAUUCUUCUAUUGUCUGGUUUUUAUAUCCGACUCGUUCGUGCCGCUUUCUAAAAGUGCAUCUGUAUAUUCUUGUGUAUAUAGCAUUAUCUUUGACUUGUAUUGUUUAAAUAUUUGUGUGCAGCAUUUUACAAAGCGGUUCCCCCUUUUGUCGUUUAAUAUAAAAACGGUGCAACUCCAAUUAUGUUGUCAACAUUUGCACCACUUUUCGUUAAGUUUGUUAAUAAUGGAAACAACACAAUUUUAAAUCUACCCACCUUUAUUUAGAAGUUACGAAAGUGGUUUAUGUUUAUGAAAGUUUUUAUAUGUACAAAUGUACAUAUGCAUAUCUUACAUACAGUCGCCUUCAAAAUACAAGGACACUACGCCUUGAUCAAUUAAUUAAAUUGUAAUAUUAAAAUUUUACUGAUUACCGAAAACAAUUAUAAUUUACAUUGCCAGUAAAUUUUUAUUGAUUACUAAAAAUUUCUACUGGCGCUGUAAACGCAAUGUACUCUAGCCUGAGGAGAUAAAUCCUAAAAACCUAAUAAAUACUUUACGUUGGCCAUUCUGACAUAGCUUAUCUAAAAAGAACGUAUUACAAAAUCAUCACCUCAAACGUUAUACAAUACGAACCAAAUAAACUGUAUGGAAGAACAGAGAAAAGUCAUCCGAUGCACUAAAAAAAAAGUGCAGUAAGUAUUUUUAUUAUUGCACAUUUGUGUCGUUGGUUGUGAAGCCUAGGACAAAUGGUGAAAUGGUGACACAUAUACAUUAAUUUUUUUAAUUUAUCAGCACAAUUUUACUGACUACUGCUAUUUUUUCAGUAACAAGUCAAAAUUUACUGAUUAUUUACUUUAAUCUUUUUCAAUAAUCAGUACUAAUUUAUUUUAUGCAAGUUUACUGGUGCAAAGUCCCCAUUUAUGGUCUUCAAUACGAUUCGAGUAACCUGAUAAGUAUUAUAUGCAUUUGUAUUGAAUAACUAAUAUUCCAUAACAACCAAAUAUAUUUACAUAAGUAUAUAUGUACAUAUUAAGGAAUGUAUAUUAUAUAAUAUUAAACCCAAGGACUAUCCAAAAACUUCAGGCGUAUAAAACAUACUUUUUUUAAUAAAAGGAAUAAAGAAAUGUAUGUACUUAAGAUAUACAUAUAUAUGUAUGUACGUAUGUAUAUGGCAUUGGAGUAUAUAAGCACAGCGAUUAUUUUAUUAUUAUGACUUGUAUCACAAAAAUCGAUUCGUGGCUCAUGUAAACGAAAUAACAUUUUCCAAAUAGCAUUGCACAACAUUAUGUGUAUGUACACAAAUGGUGCCAUAUUAUACAUAAAAAUAUCUUCACAGUUACAUUGCAAAAGGGCUUGUGAUUUUUGUAAAAGCCCAUAUGAUUUUGGAGAAUGUUGCUGUCUAGACAUAAAUCCGAUACUGUAGACCCGACCGUAAAAGUGACUUGAACUCAUGCAUUAUUCGUAGCAAAUAAGUAUUUACGUAUAUAUUUAACACUAAACAGCUUACAUUCAAAAAAUAUACUUAAAUUAUUUUCAUAUGAAUAUUCAAGGAAUUCGCAUGGAAUGGCAUGCCUUAAGCAAUAUCACAUAGAGCAGUAAGCAUGCAACUAGUAAUGACCUCGGCAUAGUUAGAAGUUGGUAUAAAAAAGUGCUGCAUGGAUGUAUGAAUGUUUCUAAUUAGGAAAUAAGACAAAGAUUAAAAUAUUUUCCGAUGAAAAGAGUAUGUUUAUUAAAUUUUCUUUAUAACUCCCAUCAAACCGAUAUUUUGACUUUGGUGUGUCUUAAAAACUGUCACGGCUGUUCUUGUUACAUCAUAAAGCAAUCCCCAUACAUUUUUAGGGAAUGCUGUUAAGCGACAGUCCUUGGCCAUAGAACCGAAUGUUGGAGCAACAGAACCGUAAUAGCUCAAGAGUUGUGUUUAGUACAUAGUUCGUAUGGCAAAAUAAAAAUAUUAAUUCGAUAGUAAAUAUCAAGGUGUAUUCAUAAAUAUCAAAGUGAUAUCAGUAAAGCAGCUGAUUUGUUCGCUUAGUUCGCUGUUUUUUUUUAAUAUAUUUUGCUGUUGCACAGAAUGUUGUUUUUGUUCUACUGUUGUUGCUUUAUAUGAAUGCGCCUUGGUGAAUACAUUAACAUCUAUGGAAUUUCGUUACCUUAUAUUUAUUAUUUGGUAUUCAAAGGAAUAUACUAUGACAACGGAAUGUGUCAGAAAAGUAUAGUUACGAAAAGGAAGGAAGUAAGGACGCAUUUUGCCAAGGCAAAUCUAUUAAAGGUGGUGGCACUAGACCAACAACACGGUUAUGUACGUUUGAUUGUCAAAGCAUAGUAUUGAGAAACUAGAAAUCAAAUAAUGAACUCGCCUAGUUUAAUUCUGAGCUGACAGCCACAUGGAUACGGCGAAAGAAAAAAAAACAACUCAGCUGAUUUACCAACACCACCUUUAAUAGAUUCGCCUUGCAUUUUGCUCCAAAAAAAAAAAAACAAUGAAAAGUAGUAAGAGGCAAAGUUAUCAAUAAUUAUAGAAUACAUGAUUGUGCCUUCCCAAGUGCUGUAACGCUAAUAAAAAAAAAAUAAAGAAACGGAAGGGGGAAAUAAGCGAAAGAAAGCCAAGAAUAUGGAGCAAAGGUUUGUUUAUUUUCUAUACUGACGUGAUUCAAUUGUCAAAUUCACCAAAAAUAAAGUAGCAGUUUUCGGAAAGCGCCAUCUUCUGUAUUCUCUACAUCGUACAAUGUUGUGGAAUAUCACGAACCCAUAGAAGGUGAUAGCAGUAGUACAAAAACAAAAUUUAACAAAACUUCAAUCGGAGUGUAAUCCAACAAUCGUAACAACAACAAAAAACAAGGCACUUGGCAUUAAAACCUCUAAAUUGCAAGAAAAAAAAACAAAUUAACUGUUCUACUAUAUGAACGUGCCUUGUUCCGAAC